AUGCCACUUGAGAAAGUUGAUGCGUUUGAUUUUGAGAUGCUCGGGCCCCUAGUAGGAAUAAGGCUUGAUUCGGGAAGCGAAAGUGAGGACGAAUUUAUGUCGGUGGAAGAGAUACGUGCGGUCCUCGGAGGGUCAAAGAUUUUGUCGAUAGGAGGAGGAUCCGGCCGAAUCGUCGACUGGUCUUGUACUACGAGAUAUUUCUGUCGGCCUGACCACUUACAAGCAAUUGUGGCCCUAACAUUGAGGAAAAGAUCCUCUAAAGCUGUUCACUCAUGCUAUCUUUUAAAAUUGAGGUCUAUACGGGCAAAGAAUAUCCACAGCAGGGAGCUCUGGAGAGAACUCCUCAAUGCGUUUACGAGCGCUAGUGCCAAGGUAGUGCUUAGGCUCAUGAAAGGAUUUCUUCACAAAGGUCACUGUCUUUUUAUGGAUAAUUUUUACAACUCUCUUCGUUUGGCACGAUUUUUAAAAUUUAAUAAGACUGACGUUGUUGGCACUUUAAACAGGCGAAGAAUUGGUACACCAGGGGAAAUAAAAACUCUCCUGGAAAAUAAAGUUCCAAGAGGAGCAGUGACAAGUAGACACUGCGGUGACGUAUCUGUCUUAUCUUGGAAAGAUGUUCGAUUAGUCACUACAGUGUCGACUUUUCACAAUGCCAACAUGAUGCCAGGAAGAAGAGCAGGCCGGCCCAUACUAAAGCCUGUGGUUGUACACGACUACAAUAAGUACAUGGGUGGUGUAGAUUUAAAAAUCAAAUGCUUCAUGUACUUAUGGAGCGAAAAAGGGGGUUGA